CCCAAAUCUUGGAUACGCUUCACAGAAGAUUGAGGUUUUUGUCGUGAUGGCGAAAAGGUGCGCAGACAUGGCACUAUCUUCCCGUCCGCGGAAGACAAUGCGGAUUAAUAUCAAUUCUUGUAGAUUGAGGUCCAUGCUUCCUUACAUCCCGGAUAAUGUGAUGUUCAACAUUAUGCUACGACUGCCAUCUAGGUCUCUUAUCCGGUUUAAGUGCGUCUGCAAGGCUUGGUACGCCAUGAUAUCAAGCCAAUUUUUCGUCCAUGCUCACCUGGAACAGUCGAAGCUAAAGCCAUCAUCGGUGCUCAUGGCCCCUGGCUUUUAUAAGAAGCAGAGAAAUGAUACUGGAUACAUGGAGUCGCCCUGUGCAUUGCAAUGGCUUACUCUUUGUAUCUGACAUGAAGGACAAAAUGUUGAUCUACAACCCAUCAACAACAGAGGUCGUUUCCCUGCCAAAGGGGAGCCCUAACCUUUAUAAGAGCAGAGGGCAUGGAUUUGGGUUUGACAAUCACAGCAAAAAGUACAAGGUGACCAAAGUUUACUAUCAAAGGGAUUAUGAAACAUCAUUGGUGACAUGUAAGUGUGAAGUGCUCACUCUGGGCACUAAUGAGUGGAGGCAAAUGGAAGAUCCACCUUAUCCAAUCGGUGAGUCAUCUCCUGUUUAUGUAAAAGGAGCUAUCUACUGGAUGGUUUCUCGUACAUCAUUUCACCCAGAACCACCUAAUAGUACACUCGUUCGAUUCUGUUUGACUGAUGAGAGGUUUAGUCUGUUGUCAUGCCCAUGCAAUGUGAAGCCUUCCUGUUUGACCCAAGUGGGGGAUGAAUUAUAUUGUGGUUUUUUUGUCAGUGAAGGUCUCUCACUGGAGAUUUGGAGAUGCAGUUUUGGGCAGAAACCUAAAUGGACUCAACACUGCGCUAUACAGAUACCACCUUAUGCUAUUAAGUGGCAUGUAGCAAGCCCUGUAGUUGCCUUUCAUGGAAAAAUAUUACUGUUGGCACUGAAUAAGAUCUACAAGUAUGACACCCAAACCUGUAAAUUGGAGAGAAUACCUUUAACGGUUGAAGACUUCAUGUGCUAUGACCGUGAAAACAAUAUGUACCAAACAUAUUCGAAGAAUGUGGUAAUGGAUUUCCACCUGUUUAAUUACGUUGAGAGUCUAGUUUCGAUCAGAGAAUUUUAAAAGACACUUCUUG